CUCAGAGGGAUAAAUGAUUAUAAUUAAUCCUUUCUAUAUCAGCACCAGCAUAGCGAGAAAUCGGUGGUUCUGCUAUGUCAUGCUGAGAAGAGCAAUGGCAUCAUAUAUUGCCAUAGAGUCAAGUGUGUAUGCUUUCAAGUUAAAAAACAGAGUCGUCUGAAACACUGAAACCUUGCUCAUUUUCUCAACUUUCUUCGCAAGUCUUUAUGCUCCAUGGUCUUUGCACCUGCUUACUUGAAAUCAUUCAUGGGAUUUUUUUUUUGACUUUUUCUUGCAGGGCAUAAUUGAGGUCGUUCUUUAUUUAAUUAAUUUAACUCAAGAGACGAUUGAAAAAUGGAGAAACCGAGAGCAACGUAUCAAUUUUCUGGUGGAGACGAGCGGAGACCGAUUGAGGUGUUCGAAGUGCCGGUGAGUGAUGAUGUUAGCACUAGCAGGAAGAGCGAGGGAGCUAAGACACAAGAUGAGGGUGGAUUAAUAGAAAGCAAUUCUUUUGGUUCUUCUACUGUCGGCAGUACAGAGCCAGCGGGCGUGAGCAAGUGGUUGGCAUUUGAGAAAGAGGCCGUCAACAAGCCCGACAAUUCAGCUUCUUCUUUGAGUGAUCAAAUUAUAAAAACUGAAGCUGGCAUAGCCGAAAGGAAAGCAGAAUGGGGAGUGGUGGUGAAGUCAGACGUGGGAGAAGGUAGUUUCAAAGGAGCAGUGAGGGCGAGGGCAUCGGCAUCACGAGAUGGAGCUGAGUCAACCAGGACAUCGAAUGAAUCAAAUUGUGGAUCUGAAACAUCAUCAGGGGCCUUACCGAGGCUAUCACAAGAGUUGAAGGAGGCUUUGGCAACGUUGCAACAAACAUUUGUUGUCUCCGAUGCCACAAAACCAGACUGCCCCAUUAUGUACGCCAGCUCCGGCUUCUUUAGUAUGACCGGUUAUUCUUCCAAGGAGGUUAUUGGAAGGAACUGCCGAUUUCUUCAGGGGCCGGAAACAGACCGGAAUGAAGUGGCCAAAAUACGAGAUGCAGUUAAAAAUGGGAACGGCUACUGUGGCAGGAUCUUGAACUACAAGAAGGAUGGUACCCCUUUCUGGAAUCUUCUCACUGUCACCCCUAUCAAAGAUGACCGUGGCAACACCAUCAAAUUUAUUGGAAUGCAGGUGGAGGUCAGCAAAUACACUGAAGGUGUUAAUGACAAGGCACUACGGCCAAAUGGGUUGCCCAAGUCGUUAAUUCGUUAUGAUGCUCGUCAGAAGGAGAAGGCUUUAGGUUCCAUCACAGAGGUUGUCCAAACUGUAAAACAUCGACAAUCUCACAUUCAGACUAUGAGUCAUGACAAUGCCAGCAAGCAUGAAGGACUGGAAAGUUUCAACCUUGAUUUUAUUCUGCCGAAAUCUGCUGAAAUUCAGAAUAUGAGUACACCCGGCAGACAAACUCCUCAAUCGGAUUCCAGGGGUGAUGUGUCUCACCCAAGUUCUUCUCGGGAAGUAGACACAAAAUCUAGAAAAUCAGGACGCAUUUCCUUAAUGGGGUUCAAAGGGAGGUCUUCCAGCUCUGCAGGGAGGCAUGAAGAGAAACCAAGUAUUGAACCAGAGGUUUUGAUGACUAAAGACAUAGAACACUCUGACAGUUGGGAUAGCACUGAUAGAGAAAGGGAUAUACGCCAAGGAAUUGACCUAGCGACCACAUUGGAACGCAUUGAAAAGAACUUUGUGAUCACUGAUCCUAGACUUCCUGAUAACCCAAUUAUAUUUGCAUCUGAUAGCUUUCUCGAAUUGACAGAGUAUACACGCGAAGAAAUUUUGGGAAGGAACUGUAGGUUUCUUCAAGGACCUGAAACAGAUCAAGCAACCGUCUCACAGAUAAGAGAAGCCAUUAGAAAACAAAGGGAAAUCACUGUUCAGUUGAUCAAUUAUACUAAGAGUGGAAAAAAAUUCUGGAAUUUGUUUCACUUGCAACCUAUGCGUGACCAAAAGGGUGAGCUUCAAUACUUCAUUGGUGUCCAACUAGAUGGAAGUGAUCAUGUGGAACCUCUGCGCAAUCGGCUCUCGGAGAGAACAGAGCAAAAAAGUGCAAAGUUGGUCAAAGCCACUGCAGAAAAUGUUGAUGACGCUGUCAGAGAACUUCCUGAUGCCAACUUGAGACCAGAAGAUUUGUGGGCAAUUCAUUCUGGGCCUGUCUUUCCAAGGCCUCACAAGAAAGAGAGUUCUUCUUGGCUAGCAAUACAAAAGAUCACUGCACGCGGUGAAAAACUUGGGCUACAUCAUUUUAAGCCAAUAAGACCAUUGGGUUGCGGAGAUACUGGCAGUGUUCAUUUGGUGGAACUGCAAGGUACUAGUGAAGUGUAUGCUAUGAAGGCAAUGGAAAAGUCAGCAAUGCUUAACCGUAACAAGGUUCACCGAGCAUGCAUCGAGAGGGAAAUCAUUUCGCUACUCGAUCAUCCUUUUCUUCCCACACUCUACACUUCAUUUCAGACCCCUACACACGUUUGUUUGAUAACAGACUUUUGCCCUGGUGGAGAAUUGUUUGCCGUGCUUGACAAGCAGCCUAUGAAAAUUUUUAAAGAGGAAUCUGCAAGGUUCUUUGCAGCAGAGGUCGUCAUUGCCUUGGAGUAUCUCCACUGUUUAGGAAUAAUUUAUCGUGACCUGAAGCCUGAAAAUAUCUUGGUCCAGAAGGAUGGGCAUAUCGUACUAACUGACUUUGAUCUGUCAUUUAUGGCAUCAUGUAAACCCCAAAUUCUAAAGCAUGCAUUACCUAGUAAGAGGAGGAGAUCUAGGAGUCGACCACCACCAACAUUUGUUGCAGAACCAGUUACACAGUCAAACUCAUUUGUUGGAACCGAAGAAUAUAUUGCUCCUGAAAUUAUUACAGGUGCGGGACAUAGUAGCGCCAUUGAUUGGUGGGCUCUUGGUAUCUUGUUGUAUGAGAUGCUCUACGGUCGUACACCUUUCAGGGGAAAGAAUAGACAGAAGACUUUUGCCAAUAUCUUGCACAAAGAUCUGACCUUUCCAAGCAGUAUUUCUGUAAGUCUUGCAGCCAGACAAUUGAUUAAUGCGUUGUUGCAAAGAGACCCUGCCAGCCGUUUAGGAUCAAAUACUGGUGCCAAUGAAAUCAAAGAACACCCUUUUUUCCAUGGAAUUAAAUGGCCUCUGAUCCGCUGCAUGAGCCCACCACCGCUAGUUGUGCCUCUUCAAUUCAUUGGAAAAGAUCCAAAGUCCAAGGAAUUGCAGUGGGAAGAUGAUGGAGUGCUUGUUUAUUCUAUGGACAUGGAGAUGUUCUGAAGGUUCACAUUGAUUACUUAUAUAGAAUUAGAUCAGCAUUAUGUCUUUCUUUUUGCUGUUAACUGCAAACAUAAACCAGAAUAUUGAACUGUCUUUUAUCCGCUUGAGAUAAUUAUUAUCGUCUUUUUGAGUCGUGUGCAUGUCCCAUUGUGGACAAAACGUACAGCUCUGCUUAAAAUUAGUUUCAUGCACAUGAUUAUUUACAGAAUCUUUUAGGCUUUA